AUGGCACCUCGAUAUAAGGACGGAGAUGCUGUCGUAGCGGUGAACGGGAAAUGGGUGUCCUGGACGCAUACUGCCGUUGCCUACACGGCCUUCUUCAGUGCUCUAAUAGUCGGAAUGGCCCUGCAUUUCCGGAAGAUUGUGCAGAACGAACAUUACGGAUAUCCCGAUGAAUGGUUCCCCUCCGUGUCGGCCACCAUUGGGGAUCGCUACCCCGAACGCUCCUUCUUCCAAGUCUUCAUUGCCAUUACCUCCGGUCCUCGAUUCGCCCUCGUGUUCCUGUGGUACAUCCUGACCGCGCGCCCGAACUCGUCGCUCCCCAAGAUUGUCGCUGGUGUUGGAUUGUUCCGGACAUUCACCUGUGGUGGCUGGACCUACGUGACCUCGACAGACGACCACGACUGGCAUGACAUCUUCAUGAUCUCCUACCUGGUUGCGACGCUGCCGUGGACGCUCGGUUGUCUGGCCUUGAGCCCCAACAAUCGCCGUGCUGUCAAGUACCGAAAGGUCAUGGCGAGCCUCUUCUUUGGUACCUUGGUGCCAUUGAUCUAUUACUUCAUUCAGCACAAAGUGCACAAGGUCCCUGGCGCCUACACGAAGUACGCCUUUUUCGAGUGGUCCCUCAUUUUGUUUGAUGUCGGAUUUGAUGCGGUGACCGCAUUGGAUUUCGAGGCCUUCGAGAUUGUGGUGAGGGAUGUCAAAGGAAUCAGCAGAGGGCAGUUGAAGACCACGGCGGACUCCGUCCUUGAGAAAGAGAAGGGCAAGCCCGUUGGCAACACUUUUGGCGAAGGUUUCUUCUGGACGGAAAUCAUUGACGCGGCAGCGGAUGUUUACAACGGGUUCGUCUUCUGGUCUACCUGGACGGCUCUUGGACUGUUAGUCUGGUAUUUCCCUCUGUGGCACAUGGGCAUCUCCGGUUACGAGGCUGCUAUCGUCUGCUUUGCCUCGCCCCUUCUUUUUGUCAUUCCCGGAUUGAAAACUGCGGUCACCAAAAACCCUCGCCUUGUUCAUUUCCUAUCGCUUUCUGGUCUGCUGGCCUACCAGGUGCAGACCCCCUCCAACCGGCUAUUUGUGACCGGUUUUGCUGUCUGCUGUGGCAGUAUUUCAUUCACUGGUCAGCUGUAUGCGGACAGGGCGAACAAAGCCAGACUCGAGUCCCGGAUCACCGCAUGGGCCAUGGGUCUGAUCUUAUCGAGCAUCGCCAAAUUUGCUUUCAAGACAAACAACCCCGUCUGGCCAACGAUGCACCCCGGAAACGGAGGUUGGAACAAGCUUGGUUUGUUACUUGCGAUUCUUUCUGUUCUGAGGGCACACCGGAGAGGCCCGACUAGCGGAGGUGACUACCUACCCCCGAAUCCCAAGAAAGGUUCUUCGACUCUGGCCGGUAUCGGUUUUGGUGGCAUAACCUUUGUUAUGUCCUCUCUUUUGGCUGAUUCCAGCACUAUGAUCUCCUGGGUUUGGGAAGGAUACCCCGUGCGCGGCCCCAUCGCAGUUCCCCACGGAGCAGUCACGAUCUUCGCAAUGGGCGCAGGUCUUGUGUUUGGUCUCUACUAUCCUGCUCUGACCGGAAGCUGGACGGCGUUUGGCAUUGGUUCUUUGGGCGCCGCUCUGCUUACUUGCUACAGUCACUGGACCGGGUUCUACGGUGGUCUUAUCCUCGCGUUCUACACCUUGGCGGUUACUCCAGUCUUGAUCGCAUCGGCUGUUCGCCACUCGCCCGUUACCGCCUUCGGCGUUGGCGGCAUCUUCUUUAUGUUCAUGGUUCUUUUCCACGUCUGGGUUGUGGCCUACGCCUUCGUUCCCGGUGGACCCCUCGUGCGAGAGCACACUGACUGGGUCAUGAUCACUACCAUGCUCUCCAUCGGUGCUGGUGUCUUCUCGGCUGCCGUUACAAACUCGUCUAACAGACAGAGCAAGACGAUCAGCCCCAGUGGUCGCCGACAGCGAUCGUACUACAUUUACGUCCUGGCAGCCCUGCAGCUUCUUUCCGUUGCCAUCGCCUAUCUGCGCUUCCCCACCAAUGAUUAUGUUCCUUACCACAAGGAUGACAAGGUUGUCACUGCCGGUAUCUGGACGGUCCAUUUCGGCCUUGACAACGACAUGUGGUCUUCUGAGCAACGUAUGCGCCAGGUGAUCGAGGAACUUGAGCUUGACGUGGUCGGCUUGCUUGAGUCGGAUAACCAGCGCAUUAUCAUGGGCAAUCGCGACGUCACUCAAGUUUUGGCCGAGGAAAUGGGCAUGUAUGCCGACUUCGGACCUGGCCCCAACAAGCACACGUGGGGUUCCGCCCUGCUUUCCAAGUUCCCCAUUGUCAACUCUACUCACCACCUUCUCCCAUCGCCCGUUGGUGAGCUUGCUCCUGCUAUCCACGCCACUCUGGACAUGUAUGGCGAACUGGUUGACGUUGUGGUCUUCCACUCCGGUCAGGAAGAGGAUCCGGAGGACCGUCGUCUCCAGACCGAGUACCUGUCGAAAUUGAUGGGCGAGUCCCCGCGCCCCUUGAUCCUUCUCAGUUACCUAGUCACCAAGCCGCUGGAAGGCAACUACAACACCUACGUCAGCGACCUCAGUGGCAUGAAGGAUAUCGACAACACUGACUGGGACCGAUGGUGCGAGUACAUCCUUUACAAGAAGCUGAAGAGAACAGGCUAUGCUCGUGUCAGCCGUGACUCUAUUACGGACACUGAAAUUCAGGUCGGAAAGUUUGUGGUAGGAGAGCCUGAGCCCGAGAAUGAGAUGCGCAUUGGAGAGGAAAUGGUGCCUCAGGGUCGACAAUUUCCAGCACUUUUCCGCGGCCAAGGUGUCCGUGGUCACCGCUAUCAUGUCUUUGACGAACCCAGAUACUGGCAAUAA